AUGCCGAAAGUGCAACGCUCGCCUACGAAAACCAAUAACGCAGACAUUCAACGGGUUUUAUCGAACCCAAAUGUUGCAGAGGAUAGUCAAAGUGAACCUGAGUGUCCAAAAGUCACCUCGAGAUCUAAACGAAAGCCGACCGCUCAAUCGGAGUCAAACCAGCAGUCUUUAGAGGAAAGGAUUAUGGAUCUUCUUGCUUCGUGGAAAAAAGAUCAGGACGCCUCCUUUGCCAAAUUAACGUCAGAUAUCGCAGUUGUUAAACAACAGAACAAGGAUAUAAAAAAAACAAAUCAUGAUAUUGAAAAAUCUCUCGAAUUCCUAAAUCAGAGCUUUGAAAAUAUGAAGAUAACUAUACAAAAAAUGGAGAAGGAACGGACGGAAAUUCAAAAUCAUGUUAUUGAGUUAGAAAAAAAGAUAGAAGAUCUGCAGCGCUUUUCACGAUCAUCCACCCUGGAAAUAAGAAACAUGCCCUCAAAGAAUAGCGAAACCUCUGAGGAGCUGAUCAACACCGUCAACAGAACUUUUGAGGCAAUCCAAUUGUCUGUGAGCCAAGAUGAACUUCGGGACGUCUACCGUCUGCCUUGCAAGAACGAUCAGAACAGAACCAUUGUGGUGGAAUUUAGAACUGUCUUUCUAAAAAAUAAAGUUUUGGAAGCCACUCGAAAGUUUAAUAAAGGACGCAGCCCAGCUGAUAAACUGAACACGGAGCAGAUUGGCCUGGAUGGAAGGAGGACCCCCAUCUUCAUUGCAGAACACCUACCUGGCAGCAUGAGGCAGUUAUUUUUUGAGGCACGACAGUUCGCUAAAACGUAUAACUUCAAGUACUGUUGGACUCAGAAUGGUAGGAUUUUUCUGCGUGAGGAGGACGGUGUUAAAUCGAUCGUUGUUGGUUCCAUGGCGUUUCUUAAGCAAUUGCGAGAGCCUAAAUAG